CACAGGAAGCCAAGCCGGCGACUGAGAGAGCUUUAGAUUGACGUUCUUUUCGGUUCUCUCAGUAGUCCUUUUAUGCCCGGUUCUUUUGUUUUUAACCAUGAAUGGAUUCGUUGGUCUGUGCGUCUUGAUUUGGAUUACGCGAGUUAGCGGAAGUGUCUUCAAGCCCAAGGAUAACUUGACAGAUUUGUCACACUGCACAGUCGACUAUUCGCAAAGCGGUAGCGUCUACAAGACUUUCUACGAUCUUGCUGACAACCUCGUGGAAGGCAACGAAACUCUUGCCCUCGACUUUCAUUUCGCGGUUCUGGCUCCCAGCGAUGCCCAUAUUCUACUAUCUCCUUCUGAUCCGGUCUCCAAGGAAGAUUCUGUGUACGAGAUUGUUAUCGGAGCCGGAGGGAAUACUUUUUGCGACAUCCGGAGGAAGCAAAAGUCCGAUGUCAAGGCAUCAGUGAGAGUCAAAGAUCUACUCUCUGCGUUGGAUCCUAAAUUCUUCUGGAUACAUAUUACUAAAGAUGGUGUGAUAGAUGUUGGCCAAGAAGGUGAAGAGCUACCCUUCAUUUCUUGGACUGAUCCCGAUCCAUUGCCUUUGAAAUAUAUAAGUUUCAGUACUUGGUCUGGCAUAGAAGCUAAAUGGUUUUUCAACUGCAAGUGGAAACAAAUCGAAAAGGUGGAAGAGUCGCUGACAUUUACUGAAAAACUGAGAAGAGAUCUGUUGUUUUAUUACGAUCCCUACGUAAGACCAGUUGAAAAUACAUCAACUAUUACCACAGUCGCUAUUACACUACAAAUCAACCACGUAUCAUUGGAUGAACACCAGGGUAGUCUGGAACUGUAUGGCACAACGAAGUUGGUCUGGCAUGACGAGAAACUGAGAUGGGAUCCAGCAGACUAUGGGGAGCUAGACACACUUCAUAUAUUCAGAAGAGAAAUUUGGCAACCUGAUUUAGUAUUGCUUAAUGCAAUUGGUGUCGUAAGGGACAUAACUCAAAACACUAUGAUGGUAGCCCAUUCCAGUGGUCUAGUAGAGUGGAACCCGCCCGUCCACAUGAAAGUUUGGUGUGACGGAGAAGGCAUGGGAAUGUGGCCUUCUGAUAAACAUAGUUGCAACCCUGUCAUUGCAAUCAUUAGGGACUACCCCAAUAUUCGGUUGGAAUUUGACAGGAAUGAAAGCUCUUUGAGCUACCGCGAUUCUUCAGAAUGGAAGAUUGUUGAAGGAGGUAUCAGUCUGCAAAACUCGCCCGCCGACGUUCCGAUAUUUGAAAUCGUAUUGACCUUGCAAAGGAACUCAAAUGCAUAUAACACGAUAUUCUUCACUCCAUUUAUGUUUAUAGCGAUUUCGGUACUUGCCUCGUUUUGGAUGAGUCCCCUAGGAAAAAUGAAGAUCUCAGUAUGCUGUGCUCAGAUGAUUGUUACUGUGAUAUUGCUGUUAGCACUGGCAAUUAUUUCUCCUAAGCACCCUAGUCAUGCUCCAUUUUUGGGUAUGUUCCUUGUCGAGAUUAUAUUAACGAAGAUCAAUGUCAAGAAGGAAGUCGAUUUCUAAGUUGUUGGAUAUGAAUUUUCGAUUGAUAUGACUGUGAUACUGCUGUCAGCACUCGCAGUUGUUUCUCCAAAGCACCCUAGUCAUCUCCCAGUUUUGGGUACGCUCCUUGUCGAGAUUACAGUAACGAAGAUCAAUGUCAAGAAGGAAAUCGAUUUCUAAGUUGUUGGAUAUAAAUUUCCGAAUGAUGUCACUGUGGUACUGCUGUUAGCACUUGCAGUUGUUUCUCCAAAGCACCACCACAAGGAAUAUACCCAUUUUUGGGUAUGUUCCUUGUUGAGACUAUAGCUACGAAGACCAAUGUCAAGAAAGAAAUCGAUUUCUAAGUUGUUGGAUAUAAAUUUUCGAUUGAUAUUACUGUAGUACUGCUGUUAGCACUGGUAGUUGUUUCUCCAAAGCACCACCACAAGGAACAUACCCAUUUUUGGGUAUGUUCCUUGUUGAGUAUAGUUACGAAGAUCAAUGUCAAGAAGGAAGUCGAUUUCUAAGUUGUUGGAUAUAUAUUUUCGAAUACCGCUGUGAUUCUGCUGUUAGGACUGGCAGUUGUCUCCUCAAAGCACCCUAGUUAUGCUCUAUUUUUGGGUAUGUUCCUUGUUGAGACUAUAGCUACGAAGACCAAUGUCAAGAAAGAAAUCGAUUUCUAAGUUGUUGGAUAUGCAUUUUCGAUUGUUAUCACUGUAGUACUGCUGUUAGCACUUGCAGUUGUUUCUCCAAAGCACCACCACAAGGAACAUACCCAUUUUUGGGUAUGUUCCUUGUUGAG